AUGUCAGAUAACAUUCGUUUAAAGAUUUUAAAUACAAUCGAACAUUUGUGCACAUUAUGUGUCGAGCAAAUGUAUCGUCUACCAUCUUCACAUCCAUCAUUGACCAUCAAUGAUCAACAUUAUCAAUGGAAUGAUAAAAUAGACGGGAAAGCUCGCCGAGAUUUCACACAAUUCAUCUAUGUUUUGUCGACCGUUCAUCGUCUUGUUCGUACACAAACACGUAUGAAUAUGCGAGAGUUAUUUUACACUCAGGUGAAUCUUUUUCGUCAUCAACGUGUCAGUGAUAGUAUCGUGGAACAAUUAGUCCGGCAUUUAUGUGUUGAUCGACGUCAGUUAGGAUUUGUCACGACAGCAAAAGGUUUUUGUGCUGGUAAUGUACAAUUUCGAAAUUUACAUAGUCAAGAACUGACAGAUUGUACUCAACUAUCUCAUGGACAAUUAAUAGUUGAUGAUGAUAUUGAAAUUAUUGAAACCGAACAUCUCGUUACAUUCAUACUUGUCGUUGAGAAGGAUACCGUUUUCCAGCAUUUGCUUAACGAUGGAUUUUUAACUCGAUACCGUGGUGCAUGUCUCAUAACAGGCCGUGGUCAACCUGAUCAUGCUACUCGAUCAUUUCUUUUACAAUUAUCUCAAACCUAUCAUGAUACUCCUAUUUAUAUCUUAACUGAUUGCGAUAUAUUUGGCGUGUUGAUUGCAUGUACCUACCGAAUGGCUUUCGCUGAACAUCACCGCAAUCGUCUGCGUUGGUUAGGCGUAUGGCCAGAAGAAUUGCUUUCAUUAUCCUCGUUGCAUAUAUCUCAAAUGUUGCCGAUAACUGAUGAACGUGAGCAUCGAAUGAUUGAGCGGUUUAUUGAACGAACCGAUGUUCAUCAGGAAUGGCGUCGACAAGUUUCAUUCUUCGUACAGCAUAAACGUAAAAUGGAGAUCGAAGCUAUUUAUGAAAACGGCACGAAAAGUUUAAUUGACGAUUAUCUACAUGGUAAACUUAUGGGACAUCGGUGA